AGCCAUGUAUUCUUGGGCGUUAAGAAACGAUUAUUCUCUUAAAGAGAUCAAUUUUUACAACUUCAAACAUAUAUUCAUUCUUCAUUUCUUAAUAAGAUGAGGAAAAGAAAAAUAAUGUUAUUUUCUUUUUAUUAGUUCACGGUUAUAGAAAUUAGCAACUUAAAAUUGAGAUGUAAGCCGUCAGACCUCUACGCUCUCUUUAGCAGAAGAGAAAGUAGCCUGGAAGAAUAAAAUAAACGGUGCUGCCGCUUGAACAUAUAUAAGGUAAUUGUUCUUUGGUCCCUUUGUUUAGGUUAAAUCUCUCGCUGAUUCUGGUCAACUGUGCGUGGUUGAUUGGGUGGAUUUUUUUUUUUUUGGGUUCACACAGUGAAAGGUAAAGAGAGUGUUGAUAACUAUUUGCUAUUGGUUCUGAACUCAGCGAGUUUAAAAGGGCAUGAAAAUGACACAAUGUUUAAUAUGAGGUCAAGUGGGUAAAAGACUCGAAUUGUUUGGAGCCAACAAGUAUAUAUAAAGCAUUUCAUUUUUUACUAAUUGUACAAGAAAACAAGGAUUUAGUUGAUCUUGAAUAAACUAAUGCAGAAUCUUGGAAGAUGGGUCAACAACGGCGAGAGUUUCUUGAGAAUAAUGAUAAUUAAGUCCUUGACUUUGUUUUCUUGCCUUACUUUCUCUUGUGUACUAAUGAAAAGGAGAUCGUUCUUGGAGACACAACAACGCAAAUGGGGAUGACACCGUCUUUCUUUGCUUGUUUCCUUCUGUUAACAAUGUUCUUGAGUUUGAGCUACGAAGCAAUAACGCCAACAAGUCCUUUGUCAAUAGGCCAAACUCUCAGCUCGUCCAAUGGUGUUUAUGAGUUGGGGUUCUUCAGUCCUAAUAAUUCCCAAAAUCAAUAUGUUGGAAUCUGGUUGAAGGAUCCUGUUCCCCGGGUCGUUGUAUGGGUGGCCAAUAGAGAAAGUCCUGUUACAGACUCCACGGCAAAUCUAACUAUCAGCACCAACGGAAGCCUUCUCUUGUAUAAUGGCAAACAUGGUGUUGUCUGGUCCACUGGAGAAAAUUUUGCAUCUAACGAGUAUAGCGCAACUUUGUCAGAUGAUGGAAACCUUAUGGUAAUAUUAGACAAUGUUUCGAGAAGAAUUAUAUGGCAAAGCAUUGAUCAUCUUGGUGAUACUAUGCUCCCUUUCUCAACCCUGACGUAUAAUCUCACCACCGGUGAGAAGCGGGUGUUGACUUCUUGGAAAAGUUACACUGAUCCCUCUCCUGGCGACUUUGUGGGUGAGGUUACACCUCAAGUGCCACCACAGGUACUUACUAUGAGAGGCUCGACGACGUAUUGGAGAAGCGGUCCAUGGGCUAAAACAAGGUUCACCGGGAUACCAGUGAUGGAUGCAUCAUUGACAAGUCCAUUUAGUCUUCAGCAAGACGCAAACGGGUCAGUAUCUUUCUCUUAUUUAGACAGAAACUCCAAACCUCCACGUAUAACAAUAACAUCAGAAGGCUCACUGAAGAUUUUUCAUCAUAAUGGGACUGACUGGGCAGUAGACUAUGAGGCUCCAUUAGCCAAUUCAUGCGAUUUUUAUGAUGUAUGUGGACCCUUUGGGUUGUGUGUUAUGUCACCAUCUCCAAAGUGUAAAUGCUUCAAAGGGUUUAUACCAAAAUCCACUGAGGAGUGGAAAAGAGGAAACUGGACUGGUGGUUGUGUGAGGCGCACCGAACUAGAUUGUCUGGGAAAUUCUACCGGAAAAGCUGCAGACGUUUUUCAUUCUCUUGCCAACAUAAAGCCUCCAGAAUUUUACAAAUUUUCAGCUACUUUGGAUGCUGAAGACUGCUACCAAAGUUGCCUCCAAAAUUGUUCUUGCUUGGCCUUUGCUUACAUUAAUGGAAUAGGGUGCUUAGCAUGGAACCAAGACCUAAUGGACGCUGUACAAUUUUCUGUGGGAGGAGAGACUCUUUCCAUUCGUCUUGCACAUUCUGAGUUUGGUGGAAAUAAGCGCAAGAAGACCAUCGUUGCCACUUCGGUGAGCCUUACCGUUUUUGUGAUCUUGGGAUUUGCUGCGUUUGGUUUCUGGAGAUGCAGAGUGAAACAUAUUGGUAACACAUUCAUGACUUUACUAAUCAAACAGAACGAUCGUAGGAUGUUACGCGCUAACACACCACCUCUAACUAAAAUUUCAGCUCAUAUAUCAAAGGAUGCAUGGAAUAAUGAUUUGAAACAACAAGAUGUCCCAGGUUUAGAUUUCUUUCAGAUGAAUACCAUACUAACUGCUACCAACAAUUUCAGUCCAUCAAACAAACUUGGACAAGGUGGAUUUGGUUCCGUUUACAAGGGAAAACUGCAAGAUGGAAAAGAAAUCGCUGUAAAACGGCUUUCUAGCAGCUCUGGGCAGGGCAAAGAGGAGUUCAUGAAUGAGAUAGUACUCAUCUCCAAACUCCAACACAGAAACUUAGUACGAGUUCUGGGAUGCUGCAUUGAAGGAGAAGAGAAGCUAUUGAUUUAUGAGUUUAUGGUGAACAAAAGCCUAAAUACUUUUAUCUUUGAUUCAAGAAAAAGGCUGGAGAUUGAUUGGCCAAAGAGAUUUGAUAUCAUUCAAGGUAUUGCGCGUGGACUUGUAUAUCUCCACCGUGACUCACGCCUUAGGGUAAUUCACCGAGACCUGAAGGUCAGUAACAUUCUUCUAGACGAGAAAAUGAACCCAAAAAUAUCAGAUUUUGGUUUGGCUCGGUUGUAUCAGGGAACCGAAUAUCAAGAUAACACUCUCCGCGUUGUAGGAACGUUAGGAUAUAUGUCUCCUGAGUAUGCAUGGACUGGAAUGUUCUCUGAGAAAUCAGACAUAUACAGCUUCGGAGUAAUGCUGUUAGAAAUCAUCAGUGGAGAGAGAAUCUCAAGGUUCAGCUAUGGAGAAGAAGGGAAAACCCUUUUUGCAUACGCGUGGGACUCUUGGUGUGAAACUGGAGGAAUUGACCUUUUGGAUAAAUAUGUUGCUGAUUCAUGUCAGCCAUUAGAAGUUGGGAGAUGUGUUCAGAUUGGUUUGCUCUGUGUUCAACACCAACCUGGGGACAGACCCAACACACUUGAGUUGCUAUCCAUGCUCACCACAACAUCGGAUCUUCCAUCACCAAAACAACCCACAUUUGUUGUGCACACGAGCGACGAUGAAUCCCGUUUUAGGGAGUUGAUAACUGUCAGCGAGACGACAGAAUCUGUGAAAACCGGUGGUUGAUGGAAAUUGUAGAAUUGAGGUGUUUGGAUUGCUCAUGUUUUAGUUGACUUUUCAGUGUUCCCAUGACUUCUCUGUAAUUAGUGGUCCUUAAACUUGUUUCUGGUAAAGUUAAAAAGACAAAGAAUUUGUGUUAUUCAAGUCCCAAACUUAACUUGUUGCCUGCAAGAGCAUCAAAAGGGUGUUUAUAUCAUCAAUUUCCCUCACGGUGUGAAUCACUAUCACAAUUCCUUUUAACUUAUAUUUCCAACUAAGCUUUCCUCAAAGUCAUUCUUAUUAAAAUAGCAUAAUAAAGUCAUAGCCAUCGAGCAAGGAGUGAACUUGGAGACUCCACAUCAUGUAGUUUGUGGAUGUCAGUUUUGUAACAUUAGACAUGUUAACAUUCAAGAGAGUUGCGGGUGUUAGAUCAACGAUUUCGGCUGUUGCUGAUGAGGUCGACAUGUUUGAGCAAGAGAGAUGAGAAGAAGAGAAACGAAAAGGGGAGGGAUGAAAGAGCCGAAAAAGAGAGACAGGAUUAGAUUUCCUGCUCUGAUACCAUAAAAGAGUUGUAGAAGAUGAUGUUUAUUACAGGCACUGGAGCCGUCAAUAUAUACAGAAAGACAAGAGCCUUCUAGGUCUAGAAGUAAAUACACAUUCCUUAUUCUAUACGUAAGAUAUUAUCUACAUUGAUGACUAGAAUAUUCUGAGGAGAAGGCAAUGAUCUUGUGUAUCCUUAACACACAAAACAUCGUAAGAAAAUAACUCAAAAUCAACUAAUUAGAGGGAUCUAAUUGAUUAAUACUCUUAUCAACUGAUUUAUUCAUAUAAUCAUCUGACUUAUUAGUAUGGGUAGAAAACAACAUCAAUAUAUUCACUGUCUUUCUCUCAUUGUAUCUCUCUAUCUCUCUCUUUUCCUCCCACUAUACUCUUUUUAUCACUCCACUGAUCGUCUCAUUCUCUUAAACAUUCCACACGCCUCCGUCUUCAUCUUCUCUAGCUACUGCCUCCAUGACUCCAUCAUCAUACCUCCGGCGUCCCUGUCCCUACUGCCAACAACGUUGUGUUGUUUUUUUGCUUUUCUUCACUUGUGGAGCUGAGAUGCGUCAUCGAUGGAGCUAAGAUGCUUGACUUAAGUAACUUUGCAACAUUAAGAUCCUCUACAUGGUCUACAAAGGUGUAAACACAACGAUACAUACACGAUUUAGAGAAUUUAAGGUGUUUUCCAAAACCUAGGAAUUCAACUUUCUGGAGAGUUUUUCUAUCGGGAUUGAGUCCUAUAUAUAGCUGCCAGUCAGAACAGUUUCGGGUUCCACAAAAGUUGUGGAUCCCACAAAUACUUAUAUUUAUAUAAUACAUACAAACAUAGAUAUAUACAUAGUACAUAUUUUAAGAGCUCCAAUGAGAAAACCCCCUAUUGGAGGUGCUCUCUUAUCUUUGAUCCAUUUUGAAAUAAAUAAAAAGUUU